UCUAAAAAAUACGGAAGUGUUAUUACGGAAAUGCUGUUUACGUUGUACGUUGUUAUGUUGCUUUUCAAGUUGUAAUGAUUGUAAGUGUGUUGAGAUAUCACGUUAAUACGUUUUUUAUUAAUUAUACAUUGGAUCAAAAAAGUUUGAGUAACGACACUUUCCGUUUGCAGCAAUUUCACGGAACAAUGAAAUAACACUCAACACCUGAGAACCCCAGCGAAUCUCGCAUUUGAUGCAGUGAACAACAAAGGCUCCUAGGAUGGACGAUAUCUACACUUUGCAGCAGGAAGUGGGCCGGGGAAGCUAUGGAGUGGUCUUCAAGGGACGCGUAACAGAGACCGGCUGGUGGGGCGAGAGGGGUGACACGGUGGCCAUUAAACGUCUACCAUGUUGUAGCCCAGAGAGUAUAGAGCUCUACCUGCAGGAACUCUGGGCUAUGAGAAUCACAGCACGAACCCACCCCAAUGUCAUCGCUCUAUACAACUGCCUCUUACAGACGGGACCUAGAACACUGCAGCCCCUGAGAUCAGGGAGGCUGCCUUUGGAUUUGGUGGAGAGUGCUCUCAAAGGAAGAGUAGUGGACAAAGACUCAAAAGCCCAACCGAGAAAUCCCUCCAGGUCAAAAAGGAGGCUGAUGUCCACAGAGGAGGUUCCUAGGCGCUGCUUUGCCCUUUGGUUGGUGAUGGAGUACUGCGAAGGAGGGGAUUUGAGUCAGUAUAUUCUAUCCAGGCCGCCAGAUGCUGAGUGCAACUAUGCAGUGGUUCGGCAACUCGCCAGUGCCAUUGCGUUCCUGCACGGGCAUGGAAUUGUGCACCGUGAUAUAAAGCCAGAUAAUGUCCUUGUCUGUCUUACUAAAACAGGACCAGUCAUGAAGGUGGCAGAUUUUGGCCUCAGUAAGAUGGUGGACAAUCCUACAGAUGGUGUCCAGAGUAGACUGGCUCUUUCCUCUACCUGCGGCUCAGACUUCUACAUGGCUCCAGAAGUUUGGGCAGGUCGUAGUUAUACCGCCCAGGCUGACAUCUUCUCUCUGGGUGUUCUUUUCUGGGCUGUGCUGGAGAGAAUCACUUUCCUAGAGGAUGGCACUAAUCAAGAACAACUGGGUGCAUAUGCAAUGCGAGGCCGCUGGCUCAUCCCAUUAGGUGAGGCGCUUUGUGAGAAUCCUGACCUGCAGUUGAUCAUCCCUAUGAGGGCACGACGUGCUCCGCCACUGCCGCCACCUCCAAACCCUGCUAUGUGCGAGCUGCUGAUGGACAUGCUAGAUUCUGACCCUGACACCCGGCCCAUGGCAGAACAGCUGGAGAAGAGGGUCCGCCGUGCCAUAGAGGUGCACUGAUCUCAGGCAGCAUGCUAGUGGUCUCCUUUAUACACUGAAAAACUUGAAAAUGAAGCCAAAAAAGUUAUCAAACAGCUGUGGUAGUGUUUGUCUACUUGGAGAUAGCUCAGCCAAAAAUGAAAAUUCUGUCAUUAAUUACGCACCCUCAUGUCGUUCCAAACCAGUAAGGCUUUUGUUCAUCUUCAGAACACAAAUUGAGAUACUUUUGAUGAAAUCCAAGAGCUUUCUGACCCUACAUAGACAGCAAUGUGACUAAAAUGUUCCCAGGCCCAGAAAUGUAGUAAGGACAUGUUAAAAUAGUCUUUGUGAUAUCCGUGGUUCAACCGUAAUAUUAUGAAGAUAUGAAAAUGUGUUGGGGUACUCUUCAUAAUGGUGGCGAACAUUGACACGGAAGAGAAAAAUCGUUAAAUAAAGUUGUUUUUCUUUUUCGUUCAGUUGGAUUCCUGUCCUUAGAGGGUCAGAAAGCUCUUAGAUUGGAUCAAAAAUAUCUAUAUUUGUGUUUUUAAGAUGAACAAAGGUCUUACAGGUUUGGAACAAUAUGAGGCUGAGUAAUUAAUGACAGAAUUUUCAUUUUUGGGUAAACUGUCCCUUUAAGUUAAAAAAAAAAAAAAAAAGUUUUAUUUACCUUAAAUUUGAGUGCCGUGUCUGUUACUAUAUGAUGCUUUAUAAAUUGUACUAUAAUUUCAAUGCAAUUAUUAUAUAGGGCUGCAUGAUAUAUCCAGAUAUCGCAAAUUAAUAAAUCGCUAUAUGCAUUUCAUGACUUGCGAUAAAUCGAAUGAUUUUAUACUUCUAAAAGUUGUUGAUGUAGCUAUAUAAUACCAAGUUUAGCAAAGAGUGAUAUUUAAAGUGUUUCUUAAAUUGAUGUUAAAAAAUAGUUUUUAGGUAGUUUUCACCAGAUAAAGCUUGAAACAUGUAUGUUGAUUAUAUCAUUUGUUCUUAAAUGUAAUUUUAAUUGACUUUGCACACUUGAAGCAUUAUCAUAUUAGAUUCUUCAGUAUCAUGCAGUCCUGUUAGUAUAACUCAGUUUUUGCUCUCUUUUGUGGUGUUUUCAGUGAUUUAAAUGUAAUUUCAUGUAUUUAUUGUGAAGUCAACAAAGAACAAUAUAAAACAAGUGAAACAAUACAGUCUUGAGUGGAAAAACAUGUUUUCCGAGUCCAAACUUGCUUUAUCUGUGGAAUUUGUAAUACAGCCUUCAUGCUUAUAAGG